AUGAAGGUCGAGAACAGAGACAUGUACCGGUAUUUUCUGAUCAACUGCGUGAGACCAGCUAUCAAGAUGAAUACAUUGUGGGGGGACAGACACGAUAUCAUCGUGUCUGUAUCGCACGUCUUCCCUGACGACGACGAGAUUAUCGCAGAAUGGCACAGCGACGGGUGGGAUGUACACCCACGGUUACAGCCUACUAACUUCCCCGACUACCAAGUGCUCGACUUGGGGUACUUACGCGCCAUCCGAAGCCUUCAGUACGAGCAGAAAAUUACGGCAAUGAUGGCUCAACUGCAGAGUUCAUAG